CUAGUUCACUGGUGCAGUGAGGACGCAUGUAUUUUGGAUUGAGCCACAAGGAUUUCCUCGUGCCAGAUAUUUUCCGGGUCCUGUGACUUAUCAGGUGGUUUGUGGUGAAGGAGGAGAGGAGAAGAAAAGAGAGGAGAAGAAAAGAGAGGAGAGGAGAUUUUUUUUUUUGUAUUUUUUAAUGGUUUUAUUAAGUCACUGAGUCAGUGUGAGAGUCAGUGUGAACUCACUUCUACAUACUGAACUUUGUGAGGUGGAGAAACGGGAAGCUCUUGUUUUGUUGAAUUGUUCUCCUUUCAGCUGCACAGCAUUUUGUCUUAACAGUGACAGUACCAGUAACACUACCAGUAGCAGUAGCAGUACCAGUACCAGUAGCAGUACCAGUACCAGUAGCAGGAUGGCUGGAGGCUCCGUGUCGGAGUGUAAGGAGUAUUUGUUUAAAGUUUUGGUGAUUGGGGAGUUAGGUGUGGGGAAAACCAGCAUCAUUAAACGGUAUGUCCAUCAGCUUUUCUCCCAGCACUACAGAGCAACAAUUGGUGUUGACUUCGCCCUCAAAGUCCUCAACUGGGACAGCAAAACGUUAGUGCGGCUGCAGUUAUGGGACAUCGCAGGUCAGGAGCGCUUUGGGAACAUGACCAGAGUGUACUACAAGGAGGCAGUGGGAGCGUUUGUGGUGUUCGACGUGACCAGAAGCUCCACGUUCGAAGCGGUGUCAAAGUGGAAGCACGACUUGGACAGCAAGGUGAAACUAGCGAAUGGCAACCCCAUCCCCUCCGUCCUGCUGGCUAAUAAAUGCGACCAGAAGAAAGACGGCUCUAAUAACGCCUCCAUUAUGGACAACUUUUGCAAGGAGGCCGGCUUCCUGGGCUGGUUUGAGACAUCAGCCAAGGAUGACAUAAAUGUCGACGAGGCAGCCCGGUUCCUGGUGGAGCACAUUCUGCUCAACGACAAAGGCGUUCCGUACGAAGAGAGCAACGGCGACCGCAUCAAGCUGCAUCAAGAGGCCAUGCCUGCGGAGAGCAAGUCAGGGUGCUGCUAGCGUCUAGGCCUCAAUCUCUCCAUUCACCUGCCACAAAGGAGGGGUUGUUGGCUACAGACUGAGACCCAGAAGCCCCACCAUCAUGUCCUCCACUUCCUUCCAUUCAUCUUCAUCCAUCAUGCCAUUCUGAAUCCAAUGGCACAAGCACGUCUUGGCGUACGAGUCUUGGCUCUCCACGGGUGAAACCAUAGCCAUGGAGAUUAUGCCUAGUAUAGUGACCAUUCAUCUCUUUCUCUGUCAAUCUCCCCAUGUCUCUCUCUGGCUCAACAUUGCUCAUAUAAGAUGUUUAUAUUUGUUGCCUUCAGUAGUGUCAGGUGGUUUGGGAUAUGUCAUCUUGUUGAGAUAAGUGCAACCCUAUGGGUGUCAUAGGAGGCUGUACCAAGUACAUGUUUGUUAUAUACAAAUUAAGACUGAUUUUUUUUUUUUUUUUUUCUUGCAAAGAGUGAAAAGUUCAUUUUCAACAGAAGUCAUUUUAAUCUGAAAGAAAAAGAAUUCUCAUUUGUUAUAUGUACAAACGUAAAAGUGAUAGCAUGUUGAUAUGUUUAAAAAAAAAAAAGAAAAAAGAGCUCUAUCAGGAAUCUGUAUCUAAAACAAAACUGAAAAAAAGAUUCCUAUUUAGUUAUUAUACAGUUAUUUUCCCUCCCAUUUUCUUUCUCAUUUUUCUGUCCAUCGGUCGUGUCUCUGGAGAUCACUCGUAAGAAGCUCAUCAUACAGAAGGUCAUUAUGCACAGUGUGAAGAAAACAUGCAGAGGAACAUAGGAAUUGAUUUGUACAAGGUCUAUCAGAGAUACAGGUUUAGGUACUAAGUGGAAAUGUGGAAUCUGAGACUGCAGCCUGCUGGGUGCAUCAGCUUGUGAUUCAGGUUUUUGAAGCGGUACGAAGUGUUUGAGCACGUAUCCAUACCUCCAGUUGUGUAGAAAUAUGUAGAGGAGUGUGACACUUUAAAACUGUUUUAAAUAUGCUGGAUUCAACUUUGAAGCAAAAUAAAACUUUUAACAUAAAAAAGU